CGGGUUAUGGCGUCCGCCGUGGGACUGUCCUCCCUGUGCCGGCGCCUCGUGGGCUCGCUGCGGCUGUCAGGAGCGCGGCCGAGUUUGAUGGCUGCUGGCAUCCCUGGGUUGACCCCAAAUCUCUUCCACAAGAGCCAAGCAAAAGUUGAGCUUCUCCAUCAGUUGAAGUUUCUGCACACUACUUUGUCUCGGAAAGGUCUGGAGGAGUUUUUUGAUGAUCCAGUAAACUGGGGAGAAAAAAGUGUAAAGUCCGGGGAUGCAUGGAAUAUAAAGCAACUGAGGGCCAAGAGUAGUGAGGACUUACACAAGCUUUGGUAUGUCCUACUGAAGGAAAAAAACAUGCUUUUAACUUUAGAGCUAGAAUCAAAACGACAACUGAAGCCUAUGCCAAGUCCAGAACGAUUAGAAAAGGUAGAAGAGUCUAUGAAAAAUAUAGAUUUGGUUGUCAGAGAAAGAGAAAUUGCUUUGAGGCUUCUACAAACUGGCCAUGAAAAGCCAGUACCUGGCGAGUGGAGACAUGACUUCCUAGGACGCACCUACUGGUAUUCUUACAAGGAAUGGCCAAUACCAUGGUACUUGAACAAGAAAUACAAAAAGAGGAAAUUUUAUUAUUUACCUCAUGUGGAACGCUUCAUCAGGCUCAGACUCGAACAAUCUUUACGCACAAGGGCAAGAAGGCAAAGCCUAGAGAAAACAAAGCAGAAGCUCUUGGAAAAGAAGUUCCCUCACCUUUCUGUAAAAUCUCAGAGCCAGUAACACACUGGAAGUGUGGCAAGCAAUUGGCCAAGCGUCUUUGUGACUGGAACAUGAAACAAUUCUGAAACCAGUGAACAACUUGACUGAGAAUUCUCAAGUCUCCUUUUCGGGUUUUUUUCCCAUGCUUGACCUAAAUUAAAUUUGUGAUUGGGAAUUAAAAACAGCUUCCGUGCA